GCACAUGCACAGAAGCUGUUUAAUGGGCUAGAAAGGUUAAUAGUCCUUCCUUCUGCAUAUUCUAUAGUAUAAGAAGACAGACAGGCUGUGAGGGGGAUUCUUCUGUCCAAUCUUCUAGACUGAAAGAUCUGAUCUGCAUGUAGAAAUGGGCCUGAAAAGAGUUGAGUGAGGUACAGCUUGCUUGCUACUACCUCCAUCAAGCCCUCCCAGACACUUCCAGGUGGCCCAUCGGCUGCUGAGUCCACUGCAGCUCCGGGAAACAGUUACGCGCCUUGCUCGCUGCUACUGACCAUGACCAUGACCCUUCACACCAAAUCGUCUGGAGUGGCCCUGCUCCACCAGAUCCAAGGCAAUGAGCUGGAGCCCCUGAAUCGUCAGCAGCUGAAGAUCCCUCUGGAUCGACCCCUGGGCGAGAUGUACGUGGACAGCAACAAGACUGGGGUCUACAACUACCAGGAGGGGGCUGCCUACGACUUCAACACCGCCGCAGCGCCGGUCUAUGGCUCGUCCAAUCUCACUUAUGCCCCCAACUCGGAGACAUUCGGCUCCAACGGCCUGGGGGGCUUCCACUCUCUGAAUAACGUGUCUCCGAGCCCCCUGGUCCUCUUGCACCCACCGCCCCAGCUCUCUCCCUUCCUGCAUCAUCACAGUCAGCAGGUGCCCUAUUACCUGGAGAACGAGCAGAGUGGCUAUGCCAUGAGAGAGGCCGCCCCCCAGGCUUUCUACAGGCCAGCUUCAGACAACCGGCGCCAGAAUGGUAGGGAAAGAUUGGCCAGUGCUGGUGAUAAGGGAACCCUAGCCAUGGAAUCUACCAAGGAGACUCGCUACUGCGCAGUGUGCAAUGAUUAUGCUUCAGGCUACCACUAUGGUGUCUGGUCCUGCGAGGGCUGUAAGGCUUUCUUCAAAAGAAGCAUUCAAGGUAAUAGGCAUAAUGACUACAUGUGUCCUGCGACCAACCAAUGCACCAUUGACAAGAACAGGAGAAAGAGUUGCCAGGCCUGUCGACUACGAAAAUGCUAUGAAGUGGGCAUGAUGAAAGGUGGAAUCCGGAAGGACCGACGAGGUGGGCGUAUGUUGAAGCAUAAGCGCCAAAGAGAAGAUCAGGAUGGGAGAAAUGAAGCAGGUCCCUCGACUGACAUGAGAGCUUCUACCCUUUGGCCAAGCCCUCUCUUGAUAAAACAUACCAAGAAGAAUAGCCCGGCCUUGUCCCUGACAGCUGACCAAAUGGUCAGUGCCUUGCUGGAAGCCGAGCCACCGAUACUCUAUUCUGAAUACGAUCCAAAUAGACCUUUCAGUGAAGCUUCAAUGAUGACUUUAUUGACCAAUCUGGCAGACAGGGAGCUUGUUCACAUGAUCAACUGGGCGAAGAGGGUGCCAGGUUUCGUGGAUUUGACACUCCAUGAUCAGGUCCAUCUGUUAGAAUGUGCCUGGUUAGAGAUCCUCAUGAUUGGCCUUGUCUGGCGCUCAAUGGAACAUCCAGGAAAACUUUUGUUUGCUCCUAACCUACUGCUGGACAGGAACCAGGGGAAAUGUGUGGAAGGGAUGGUGGAGAUCUUUGAUAUGUUACUGGCUACAUCCUCUCGCUUUCGAAUGAUGAAUCUCCAGGGGGAAGAGUUUGUGUGCCUCAAGUCCAUCAUCUUACUUAAUUCUGGAGUGUAUACAUUUCUCUCCAGCACUUUGAAGACGUUGGAAGAAAAAGAUCACAUUCACCGAGUCCUGGAUAAGAUCACCGAUACUUUGAUUCACCUGAUGGCCAAAGCUGGUCUCUCUUUGCAACAACAGCACCGGCGUCUGGCUCAGCUCCUCCUGAUUCUUUCCCACAUCAGGCACAUGAGCAACAAAGGAAUGGAGCACCUGUACAACAUGAAGUGCAAGAAUGUGGUCCCACUCUAUGACCUGCUCCUGGAGAUGCUGGAUGCUCACCGUUUACAUGCACCAGCAAACAGAGGGGGUGCCUCUAUGGAGGAAGACAACCAAAACCAGCUAGCAACUGCGUCAACUUCAUCGCAUUCCUUGCAAACCUAUUAUAUCACAAGGGAUGAGGAGAGUUUCCCCACCACACUCUAAGAGCUCCUGAGUCCCAGAUCCCAGGAGGUUCUGAGAAUCCUAGCAGCAUAAUACCUACUUCAUGCAUCACUUAAGCUAAAUAAUGCCAUAUAUACACACUCCAGUAUGCAUCCAUCACCAGUGAUUUUGAGUAUGAGUGGCCAUUCAUUUGCUUGCUACCAUUCUCAACAGCAAACAUUCAAUUGUUGCAAAUAGCCAACAGAGAUUCCAGGGCCAAGUUAAUUGUAAUUUUUUGCGAUGGCUCUUUUUACCCCCUUUGCUGCAUUAAUUAGCUUAAGGAUUCCUGAAGCUCUUCAUGACUGAGCUCAGCCUAAGAGUUGGGUCUCAAUUGGCCCUUUGCUUUAAAGCCAUGUUGAAGCCCUGACCUAGAAGGGAGGAAGGUAACAGUUCUGUUAAACACAUGUCUUUUGAUGACUGGCUCUAAGAAUGAGCCACUCACACAGAUUUCAAUGAGGUUCUUUAACUGCUGGCUUAGGAAAGGAUAGGUCACAGGUUAAUUAUAGCCUACUCUUAUAUUCCUAUAGAAAUGUAUCAUUUUUAUUAAAGUUAUAUUCUACAGCUUUUGCUCUGUUGCAUGGUGAUAGUAAAAUGUUCCUGUGAUUAUCUGUUUGUUUCCUCUGUAGCAAUACCAGAUGCAUCCAGUCUUAUAUUUUGAUCCUCUUUGCCAAAGCUCUGUGGGCUUAAUGCAUCAGAUGCUAGGGCUUGCUGAGAACUGCAUCAUUGAAGACAGUGUUCUAGAGGAUACAUGCUUUGCAUUUGAGGCAGUGGUCUCUGGUUAAUUCAUAUUUGCCAUUGCUAAUAGUCACAGGCAAGUUUGUCCCUAUUGAACACCCAUAUACUAAACUCCCCCUCCUACUUUUUUUUUUUUGGUAGUCUAAACCUUCUUGAUGACUUUUAAUAAAACUGGUGGGAGGUUGGCCUCAGGACUUGCCCUAUCAUGGAGUCUCAUUUGCUGACCAAAGAGCUCCAUAUGAACAAUUUGGAUUUUUAUGAAUAGCAAAAGUCUCCUCUCAUGUAGAUUAUCUCCUGGAAGUAUGUGAGACUCCACAGAAGGUACAAUGACUCAUUAGGCCAGAGACAUCUAGCUAACUAUUCACAAAAUGCUAUAUCCAGGCAUUAAAAGGUUCCAGGAGAGAAACAGGGAGAAAUAGACAAGAAGGAAGAGGAUAGAGCUGAACAACUGGACCUGUGUGUCAAUCUUCAGUCACACAUUUUCUGGGUUUUCUGAGUUCAAACUCAGCACUAAGCUUACCCAGUCACGAGUGAGCAAGCCCAUUGUCCCUUACAUUUCUUCAACAUUUUCCUUAGGCAGGCUCAGCUUGGGUCUUAAUGAUCUUAUCUUGUCAAGAGAGGCAGUACUAGCCUGGCUGUGUCCCCAGAACACUUAGCUUGUAAGGACUGUCUGUUAAGUUAGUGCUUCUGGAGUGGGGAGGUAGUGCCCAUGUAGUCAGGCUGAAGGCUUAGAUGCCUUAGGUUAGAUCAUUUGGAAAAGAAUGGAAGGGCUUGGCCAAAACUUUAUCAAUUGUAUUUCCUUGUUUUUUUCCCCAGAGUUCAGCCUAGAAAACGUCUUCUCCAUGGCCCAUUUUGUUUCAUAAGCCAAGAAUGAGAAGUUAGCCCCGGGGCCACAGGAAUCCUUCUAAUUAACUUAAAAAAGAAAUGAUCUCCCAACCUUAGGACAGCCUUUACAGGAACUGUUACCUUGUCAGAUUGCAGCACAAGGGAUUGUCAUUUCACAACAAAUAGGACACAUAUGGACCCAGGGCACUAAGAAAAACAUUUGCUGUUAACCACCUUCCUCCCUAAUAGGCCCAUAGUCUAAGAUUCAAAACAGAACUGAGAGAUUACUUGGCAAAUCAUAAUUAGGAUCAGCUGCUUGGGAUUCUCAUCAUACAUGUAGUAUGUAAAGCAAAUUAAAAUAUGUUUAUUUCCAGGCACCCAGUGUGAGCCAUGAUGGAAGUGUUGGGAAAUGGGAAGGGACAAAACAAUGUUGAUUUCUGGUAUAUGUAUGUGCAUUUAACUUUCUAGGCAAUUUUACUUGUCUACAUCACUAAUUUGUUCACAAAAUAUAUUUUUUUUCUUUUUUUUUGUCAUUUUGUGUGGGGAAAAGCACCUUAUAUAAUGUAAUAUAUUUUUUAAAUUGCAUCACUUGCUUAUCAGACGAUUGAAUGUAGCGAUUGUGUUCUAGAUUUUGGUUGACUGAGUUACCAUGCGAAAAACCAACCAACAAAAUGUUUAGCUCUUAGAUACUCUUCAAGCUACCUUAUUGUGUAUGCUGUCAUUUAAGGCCUGGUGAUUGUUCAUUUACAUGAAAAUCACAUUUCAUAUCAAUUUUUAUAUCCAUAAUAGACAAAAGCAGCAUGAAUCUCGGUGCCUAUUGCUAGAUGUUGGAAAAUGGUCAAUCUCAUGUAGCAGAGCCUAGACCUGAGAAGGAAGACUAUUCAGGGCAGCUAAUUUUGCUUUUACCAAAAUAUUAGUAAUGAUAUUUCUGGACAGUAGCCAUUAAGAUGGUGGAUUCUUUUUAAUGUUUAUACUUGGAUUUCCUUUUUAAAAAAACAAAAAACAAAAAAACAAAAACAAAUAAAAAGCUACCCUAGGACUAUAGAUGACUUAAUUCCAGCUGUAACCAAACAGAAAUAGAGUGGAGGAUUUCACUUAGCUCAUCCAAAGAGUUUGUAUUCAUGUCAAGAUCCCACUAAGCUCAAGACGGGAAGAAAAAAUUGGAUGGACUCAUUAUUAGCCUGCUAUAUCUGAGUCUUGAACAAUUUUAGAAAUUUCUUCCUGGCCUUAAAUGAAAUGGCAACUAGUGAGUGAAUGACAGUUAGUUUCGGCUGCUCUUCCUUACUCAGGCAUGUACUGGAGAUCCAUUGUUAGUAGUUUUCUUUCUGGGGAAAUUUAUAGGUGGGAAGGUAGGAUUUGCUUCUUCAUUUUCUUUUGGGGGAUGAUACAAUGAUUGUCAAUUGCUUAUUGCUUUCUAGGGCAGGUUAGGAAAAUGCACAUUAAGGGUUUGCCAUCAAAACUGUGCCCCAUAAACUACAUUCAGAUAACUUGCUCAAAUGGACAGUCACUUAGAAAAAGGUAGUUUUAGGGCUUUUAGAAAUAGGAAAGGAAAAACAGGACUUGCUUCAGGCCCAGACAGGCAAGACAUUUUCUGGAGAAACAAAGCUAACUUAAGAGCUGGGCCGAAUUUUCUCUUAACCACAGUCUAGCUAUGGACUUAAUGGAGUGAUAGUUUAGUGAUAUCAUAGAGUAACAAGAGGGUGUAAAAAAACAAAACAAAACAACAAAUCUAAUACCCAACAUUCAUUGCUAAAGCCUGCCCCUGAGGAAAAGCAGUCUUGGAUUUGAUUUGCCUCAUCCACUUUGAAGCAAAGCUAAAGCUCAUGUCCUUAUGAGAGAGAGGAAACACACACACAUAUACACACACACAUACACGCACAUUUAUAAUUCAGCUUUAAAUACACCAAUGUGACAUUGUUUUUCCCCCUGUUUUAUUUCCUUUGGGAAGAGUUGGUUUGUGGGGAGGACAGCUCUUAUACUGAAAUUGGUAUUCAUUAGAAUGACUAUACUAUAAACCAUUGGUCUAAAGUACUAAAUGAAAUGUAUUUAUUUAGGAUUUAUACUAUGCCCACUUCCAAAAAGGAUUUGAGGCAGCAUCACUUGAGAGGAAACAAUUCAAAACAAUUUUCCAUUCAUAAUGACUUUCCCAACACUGAGUUGUCUAUUUCUAGGACCUGCCCAUUCUCAAAAAAAUGAGAUUAGAUAGCUAUGGAUGCUGUGAUCAAUGUCUUAUCUACCCACUGGCAAAUUUGCAAAGGGAAACUAGCCUUUUUUUUUUUAAAUCAGUCUGGUCAUUAUAUGCUUUGAUUCAUUGAUCAUUGUUCUAUUUUGAGCAAGUCCUGGGAGUUGGACACAUAUCUUACUGCAUACUUUUCUUUGCCAGUAUCCCAGAAAUUUAAUAUAUUUUCAACUGGAGUCAAAUGAAUUAAAUUGUGAGAACCAAAUAUCCAUCUUUCCAUUAUCGCAAUUUUCUUCUGUUUCUAGCUGUAUUUCUCUGUCUUAAUUAAAAAUGUGGGCUAUUUUUAAGUCAUUGGAGAUUAUUUUAUAAGUGAUUGCUGCCUUUAUUAAGCAUUUCAAUUUUGCACUCUUUCAGAGAUUAAAGAAAAAAAAUUUCUAUUAUCUUUUUUGCAUCCAAAUGUGCCUGAACUUUUAAAAUAUGUAAAUGCUGCCAUGAUCCAAGCCCGUCCUCAGCGUGUAUGUGCUGCACAGCAGAGUACCUGGAAAACCAACACACAAUCCCCACUAGAAACCAGGUGCCACCAACAACUGACCCCUCUGUGAAUGAAGAGAGGUCCUUGGUCACAGAGACUUGAAUUAACAAGCGACUUUACGCCAGUCUAUGUCUCUCACAGCUUCAGAUAAUGAUGCUUUUUUUUGGUAUACUCUACACAGUCUUUCCACGUAGAGUCUUUGUUUCAUGGGAGGAGGCUCAGCUGCCAUGAUGUGCUGGCUGGAUUAUUCUGCUCUUUCGCUGAUGCAUACUGUUUUUUGAUGUAAUUUUGUUUUGUUGCUGCCUUGCUUUGUUAAAUGAAACACACAUGUAAACCUCUUUUGCACCUUUAAGAAGUAAAGAAUUUGGUGGGAUACCCAAGAACCUGUAGACAAUUUUCUCAACCUCUUUGAUGUUCAAAUAAACAAUUAAACAGAA